UCUUUUUUCUUUUUAUUUUUUUUUAUGCAAAGUGUGGUAUGAAGCAUUGAAGUGAAGUGUGAUCAUUUAAAUGCCAAAUGGUCAUUUGCGGCAUUUAAUAUCUGUUCUCGAGUGUUUUGAACGAAUUUGUUACAGGAAAUGGUCCAAGUUAUAGUAUUUUAUCGCAGCGUACUUCCAUAGCUAAUAUUAUUGAUGCAUCAUGUUGGAUUUCGGCGAACCUCCAUCGCUGGCUUCAAAAGCCGAAGAAUACAAGAAAAUGUUCAGCACUCAUCAAAGAACGAAAGAAUACAAAGGCCAUACAGCUAAGGUACACUCGGUUGGAUGGAAUUGCGAAGGAAAAUACCUAGCGUCGGGUUCAUUCGAUCAAACAGUAUCAGUAUUUAACUUCUCUCAAAGUUCUCUGAAUAAAUAUAUCACGUUUAACGAGCACGAAGGCAGCGUUGAUCAGUUGUGUUGGCAUAAGACUCAUCCAGAAUUGUUAUGUACGGCUGGCGGUGACAAAACUGUUAGGAUAUGGGAUGCUAGACAAUCUAAAUGUUGUUCGACUAUUCAUACUAAAGGUGAAAAUAUAAAUAUUCGAUGGUCACCGGACGGUAAAACCAUAGCAGUUGGUAAUAAAGAAGACUUGGUUACUUUCAUAGACACCCACACCUGUGCGAAAUUUAUCGAAAAACAAUUUCCUUACGAAGUGAACGAAAUCAGUUGGAAUAAUAGCGGCAAUCUAUUUUUCAUCACCAAUGGCCAAGGAUCCAUUCCGGUGUUCUUAUAUCCUCAAAUGAAUUUACUACACAUAGCAAAAGGACACUCGGGUACAUGCAUUUGUAUAGAUUUCGACCCAACCGGUAAAUAUUUCGCCGUAGGAUCGGCCGACGCCUCUGUAUCUAUUUGGUUAGCUGAAAGUUUCGUUUGCGUUCGAAUGAUACCAAGGCUAAGUUGGCCUGUACGAGCUCUACACUUUUCCCACGACGGAACGUUUCUCGCUUCUGCCAGUGAAGAUUUGUACAUUGAUAUCUCCGAAGUAUCGACUGGAGCUAGAGUAUUCGAAAUUCCCGUCGAAACGCCAACUUUUACCGUCGCAUGGCACCCCAAACGUCACAUUUUAGCUUACGCGUGCGACGAUAAAGAAUCAUACGACAGGAAAAAAGAUGUCGGUACACUGAAACUUUUCGGUUUUUCAUCCUGAUUUUAUCUAUCUAUGUACCUACAAUAUUAGUCGAUUCGUACGCGUAAUGCGAACGUUUGUGUUGUGAAUUUUGGGCCUUUUUUUAAAUUCAGUGUCUUCAGUCGCGAGGGCGAGGUGGGUACGUCUACGUAUAAUAUUAACUUUAUUUUUGAAUACAAUGGAAUGACUUGAAAUUUCUCGCUCGUGAAAAAAAAAUCCGUAUGAAAUCUGCGCGGAUGUUGAAAAUACGAUACGGGAGUGAAUAAGAAUUAUUUUAAAAUUAUUUUUAUAUUAUUAAAAAAAAAUAUCGAAUCAUCGUUUUACUAUUUUUCAAACGAUUUUUAUCAUUUUUAUGGACUAGAAAUAAAUUUUUACUCAUUCAUUCAAAUAUGUACUUACGUUGUAUUUUCUUCUUGGCUAUGGAUGUACGUUGGCCACACUGCCUCGCAAGGUAAGUUGGUAUCUUGCAGUAGUAAUUCUGAGUCUGUUCGAGAAUUUUUUAAUCUAGAAAAUGCCUACGGGGAUCUGGUCGUAUCGAAAUGUUUUAGAAGUGGCUGGAAAUUGGCAUUGAAGUGUACCUACUCGUAGUACCUACUGGUGUUAUCGACAACUUUUAGUGUGAAAAAUUUAUUUGAAAGUACUUCUCGGUAACUAUUGUAAUCUUUAAUAAAAAUGUAAACGUUUA